GGGUAAUACAUCUUUUCAUUUCAUAAACACUGCAACAUUUGAUAUGGGACAUAUGGACCAUAAGUACAGACUAUACGUCAUAAGCAGUCCUUCGCGAUAUUAUGAAUUGCACAAGUAUGAAAGACAAAUAUUGAGUUUAGGAUAACGGAGUUCAUGUUCGACUGAACAAUAGUUUUGAUUUCAAUUUCACUGACAGUCACUUUCUGAUAGUCAUUCAUUCUUUGUGUAACUUUAAACAAAAGUAAUAAUGAUUUCUUUUUUUACAUAAUAAUUGUCAGUCAUAUCGACACCCACAAAAUGUCACUCAGUUAUUUUUAAAAACAAAUCGUUUCAUGAGAGGGAAAAGAAAUUAUUCCACUCGUGAUAAAGGAAGCAAUGGAAAUUCAAGAUGGAUUAAAUCCUAUCAAGCUCUCCAUUCAACACUUUAAUACAAAUGAUAAACUACCUGAAAAUAAAACAGAAAGUAUUAAUCAGUCUGCUGAAAAACCAGUGUCAAACAGGGAUAUUGAUGACGAAUCUGACUACAAUGGAGCAAUGCAACUUGAUCAAAGAUCUCAAAAAUCCGAUAUUAGCAGAGAUAUUGCAACAUCGGUCAAGAUUAAAAUUAAGGGGAUGAGUUGUCAAAGUUGCGUCCAGAAUAUUCAGGGUACAAUAGGAAAAUUAAAAGGAGUUUUAAAUAUUCGAGUUGAUUUGGAAGAAAACGCUGGAUAUGUCGAGUAUAAUACUCAAGAAAUUUCGGCCAAUCAGAUAGUAGAUAACAUUAAUGAUAUGGGAUUCGAUGCAUCUUUAGAAUCAUCAAAAAUUGAUGAAGUGAACGAAUCUAAUCGAUUUGAAAUCAGAACCAGUGUGUGUACCAUUCAUAUUGAUGGUAUGACUUGCCAAUCUUGUGCUAAUAGCAUUACAGAUCUCAUAUCAAAAAAAUUAGGUGUAAUAGAAAUUAAUGUAUCUUUAAAUGACAAGGAAGCUAAAGUAUCAUACAGUGAUGUCAAUAUUAGUGCAGAUGAUAUAGCGGCUUCUAUCGAAGACAUGGGGUUUGAUGCAUAUGUUAAAGAAGUUAACGGAAGUGCUAUGAUCUCAACAACAACAAAAAUAAUAAGUAAAGAUAAACAAAAUACAUCUUUUUUAUCAGUUAAUGGUGCUGGUGACCAUAAAAAAUCUGAAAAUUUUUCUAAGUGUUUCUUACAAAUAAAUGGUAUGACUUGUGGCUCAUGUGUUGCUGCUAUAGAAAAACAUUGCAGAAAAUUGUAUGGAGUUGAAAACAUUUUAGUGGCACUGAUGGCUGCUAAAGCUGAAGUAAUAUACAUGUCAGAUAAAAUUCGCCCUAUGGACAUAGCUUCUAGUAUUACAGAUUUAGGUUUUCCUACUACAGUGAUUGAUGAACCUGGAGCAGGUAUAACUGAAGUAGAAUUACAGAUUCUGGGAAUGACCUGUGCAUCCUGUGUAAAUAAAAUAGAGUCUAUAGUAAGUAAAUUGCCAGGUGUACAAUCAGCAGUUGUUGCUUUAUCGACACAGAGAGGAAAAUUUAAAUUUGAUUCAUCAGAAACGGGUGCUCGAGAUAUAAUUGAAAAAAUAAAUAAACUUGGCUUUACGGCAACUUUAUUUAACAAUAAUGAAAAAAAUAGCCGUGAUUAUUUAAAUCAAAGAGAAGAAAUUCAAAAGUGGCGGACAUCCUUUUUUAUAUCUUUAAUUUUUGGACUUCCAAGCAUGAUAAUAAUGACAUAUUUUAUGACAGACAUGUAUUAUACUCACAAAAGCCAUGAAGAUAUGUGUUGUGUUAUUCCUGGUGUUUCUUGGGAAAAUUUAUUGCUCUUUGUAUUUUCAACUCCUGUACAAUUUUUUGGUGGUUGGCGUUUUUAUGUUCAAGCGUAUAAGGCAUUGAAGCAUGGUACAAUGAAUAUGGAUGUACUAAUUUCAAUGACAACUACUAUCUCAUAUGUUUACUCAUUAUGUGUUCUGAUUGCGGCAAUUGCAAUGCAAGAGCCCACUAGUCCUCAAACAUUUUUCGACACACCACCGAUGUUAUUAGUUUUCAUCAGCUUUGGUAGAUGGUUAGAGCAUGUAGCUAAAGGAAAAACGUCAGAAGCAUUAUCAAAACUUUUAUCAUUGAAAGCUACUGACGCAGUUUUAGUAACUUUAGGAUCAAACAAUGAAAUUUUAUCAGAACGUGUUAUCAGUGUUGAUUUAGUUCAACGAGGUGAUGUACUUAAAGUCUUCCAAGGUUCAAAAGUACCAGUAGAUGGGCGAGUUUUAUUUGGACAUUCAGCUUGUGAUGAGAGUUUAAUAACAGGUGAAAGUAUGCCAGUAUCUAAGAAACCUGGUUCAAUCGUUAUUGGUGGAUCUAUCAAUCAAAAUGGACCUCUGUUAAUGACUGCAACACAUACAGGCGAACACACGACACUUGCCCAAAUAGUGCGCUUAGUAGAGGAAGCUCAGACAAGCAAAGCGCCGAUUCAACAAUUAGCAGAUAAAGUUGCUGGAUAUUUUAUACCAUUUGUAAUAAUAGUAUCACUAUUAACACUCAUUGUCUGGAUCAUAGUGGGAUAUACUAAUAUAAAUGGUUUACCAAUAUCUUCAGUACAUCAAACUAAUGGAUCGAAAAAAAAUAGAGAUGAAAUUAUUUUCCAGUACGCAUUCCGGUGUGCUCUUUCAGUGCUUGCAAUCGCAUGUCCUUGUGCUUUAGGACUAGCAACACCUACUGCUGUAAUGGUGGGCACUGGUGUUGGUGCUCUCAAUGGAAUUUUGAUAAAAGGUGGUGCUUCUUUAGAAAAUGCUCACAAAGUUAAAUGUAUUGUUUUUGAUAAAACUGGAACAUUGACACAUGGUACUCCUACCGUCUCCAGGAUAGGACUUUUUGUCGAUGAAAAAUUGUUUCCAAUAGCUAAACUUUUGGCUAUCAUUGGUACUGCUGAAGUCAACAGCGAGCAUCCAAUCGCCUCAGCUAUAAUCAGUUUUGUUAAAGAAACUCUCAAUACUGAAGUUAAUGGCCAGUGUAUAAACUUCCAAGCUGUCGCAGGAUGUGGUCUCAAGUGUCGAGUUAUGCAUUUAUCUACUAUGAUGCCUUUUGCUCAUAAAUCUGAAAAGAUACUUAAUUACGUAAAUCAAGUGCGACGCGAAUCUUCUGGUACAUUUUAUUUAAAUAAUGUUCCAGUAGAUAUAAUGACUUUUCCACUUAGUGAUCAAAAUAAAUCAAAUCUUGAGUUUGAUUUAAUUAAUUCUGAAAUAUCAGAUAGUCAGAGCAAUCCUAAAAAUCAUUAUGACGUAUGUAUUGGUAAUCGUGAAUGGAUGCGCCGAAAUGCGAUCACAAUACCUCAACAUAUUGAUGUAAAAAUGAUGGAACAAGAGAGUUUAGGAAAUACAUCAAUUUUAGUAGGAAUUAAUAAUAUAUUAACUGCAACCAUUAAUGUUGCUGAUACAGUAAAACCAGAAGCGUAUUUAGCAGUGUAUACUUUAAAAAAAAUGGGACUAGAAGUUAUUUUAUUAACUGGAGAUAAUCGGAAAACUGCAGCAUCUGUUGCAAGACAAAUCGGUAUCACUAAAAUCUUCGCAGAAGUACUACCAUCUCACAAAGUAGCUAAAAUACGUAAACUCCAAGAACAAGGAGUUAGAGUAGCCAUGAUAGGAGACGGAGUGAACGAUAGCCCAGCUCUCGCUCAAGCCGAUGUUGGUAUUGCUAUUGCGUCUGGUACUGAUGUUGCAGUUGAAGCAGCAGAUGUUGUUCUAAUGAAGAAUGAUUUAUUAGAUGUCGUAGGAUGUUUGGAUUUAUCAAGGAAAACUGUAUUUCGGAUAAGAUUAAAUUUUUUAUUUGCUAGUAUUUAUAAUUUAUUAGGCAUUCCAAUAGCAGCUGGGUUGUUCAGCCCUUUUGGUUUUUUUCUCGAACCUUGGAUGGCUUCUGCUGCUAUGGCAUUAAGUUCUGUUUCGGUGGUUGCAAGUUCACAAAUGCUUAAAUUAUAUAAAAAACCAACAAAAAUGACUUUAGAAACUCAAGAAUACUUAUCUACGAUUCCAUUGGAACAUGUUACGACAAAUCAACGCAGCCGAGAAAGUUCUAUUAUAAUAGAACCUUUACGGUCUUCCUCAACAUUAUCUAGAUUGUUUGGAACGAAAGAUGAAAUCGAGGGCCUUCUUAUAGACGAAGAUCAAGUUGAGUUCACAGUAAAAAAAUUUUCAAAACAAAUGAAUACGAUUAAUAAUGAAGCUGUAUCAUAAUGAAAUUUUCUAUUUUAUUAAUAAAUUUAUUACAUUUACAUCAACAUA